GUCUUCCUUGUAAGGUUUCCCAACCAAAACCCUGAGCAUGCAAUCGGAUCCGAAGGACGUCGAUCGAUCGAGUACUUCAAGAUUUCUCUUUAUACCCAUGGAGCUGCUUAGUUAAUUUUUUCGUUGUUUUUGUUUCCUGCGAUCGGUUUAAACUAAAAAACUGGGGUGUAAUACUGUUUGUAGCGCCCUGCAUAAACAAAGCUAGCUACUACGUAUACGCCAAAGAUGUUCUCGAGAUCAAAGAAAUGCGUCCAUUCUGAUCUUUCUCUUCCUUGGAAGCUCGUUCUCUCUCUUCUCUUGGUCUCGACAAGUCUUGUCGUUUGGGCAACUGGGGACGAGGAAAAGAAAUUGUACAUAGCGUUUUUGGGAGAUCAUCCACUAGUUAAUUCAAACUCUCUAGAUCAAGCACAUAUUCAUCUCCUCUCAUCUGUGAAAGAAAGCUAUGAUGAUGCGAAGGAGUCCAUCGUCUACAGCUAUACGAAGAGCCUGAAUGCAUUUGCAGCAAAGUUAUCUGAAGAUGAAGCUAAGAAGUUAUCGGGAAUGGACGAGGUGCUGUCCGUGAUACCGAAUCAGUAUUAUAAGCUACACACCACGAAAUCCUGGGACUUUGUUGGCUUACCUGUAACCGCAAGAAGAAAAUUGAGAACGGAGAGCGAUGUGAUUGUGGGUCUAUUUGAUACAGGGAUUUCUCCAGAUUCUGAAAGCUUUAAGGAUGACGGGUUUGGUCCUCCACCCGCUAAGUGGAAAGGAACUUGUGGCCCAUUUGCUAAUUUCUCAGGAUGCAACAACAAGAUCAUAGGCGCCAGGUACUUCAAGCUCGAUGGCAUUCCCGAUGCCUCCGACAUAUUAUCUCCGGUUGACGUGGAUGGACACGGGACGCACACAUCGUCAACAUUAGCCGGCAACCUAGUCCCAAAUGCAAGCCUCUUCGGGCUUGCCAGAGGAACCGCACGUGGUGCGGUGCCGUCGGCGAGGGUGGCCAUGUACAAGGUGUGUUGGGCGUCCACUGGUUGCGCCGGUGCAGAUAUACUUGCUGCAUAUGAUGCUGCUAUACAUGAUGGUGUGGACAUUAUAUCGAUUUCCAUCGGCGGCGCAGGGAAUCAAGAUUACACCAUCGACUCUGUACCAAUCGGUGCAUUUCAUGCAAUGCAGAAGGGAAUUAUCACCGUGGCCUCCGCUGGAAAUAAUGGACCAAGUCUGACUAGUGUGGGGAAUCACGCUCCUUGGAUUCUAACCGUGGCAGCUAGCGGCAUUGAUAGGGAGUUUAGAAGCAAAGUUCAUUUCGGAAAUGGAAGGAACAUCUCGGGGAUUGGCGUGAGCACAUUCAAUCCAAAGCAGGAAUUAUACCCUCUUAUUAGUGGGGCUGAUGCGGCACUUAACUCUACAACUGUGGAGAAUGCAAGGUUCUGUAUCCAAGACUCAUUGGACCCUGUCAAGGUGAAGGGAAGGAUUGUUCACUGCAAAUCAUUAGCGUGGGGUAGUGAUUCUGUUGUCAGAGAAAUUGGUGGGGCUGGCACUAUAGUUGAAAGUGAUCGAUUACCUGAUGCUGCCCUAAUUUUCAUGGCACCGGCAACUGUGGUUAAUGGCACUGUAGGCGCGAUCAUCGAUGAUUACAUACAUUCCACAAGAUCACCAGCAGCAGUGAUUUACAAGACCCGUGAAAGAAAAAAAGAGCCUGCUCCAUUUGUAGCUUCAUUUUCAUCUCGGGGUCCAAGUCCGGGAUCAAACCGCCUCCUCAAGCCUGAUAUUUCAGCACCCGGUAUUGACAUUUUGGCAGCAUACACCCCCAUGAAAUCGCUCACCGGCUUGAAAGGAGACACCCAAUAUUCUAAAUUUACCUUAAUGUCUGGUACUUCCAUGGCAUGUCCUCACGUUGCCGGGGUAGCAGCGUAUGUAAAGUCAUUCCACCCAAACUGGAGUCCAGCUGCAAUCAAAUCCGCCAUCUUGACCACAGCAAAACCCAUGAGCCGGAGAGUUGAUUACAACAAAGAUCAAGAAUUUGCCUUUGGUUCCGGUCAAGUGAACCCAACUCGGGCAGUGAGCCCCGGCUUAGUUUUUGACAUGGAUGAAAUGCCUUACAUCCAAUUCUUAUGCCACGAGGGGUAUAAUGCAUCCUCUUUAGCAGUCCUAGUUGGUUCCAAACAUGUCAACUGCUCCACGUUGCUUCCCGGACUUGGCUAUGAUGAUCUCAACUAUCCCACCAUGCAGCUUAGCCUGAAAAACAACCGAGAGCCGAUAACAGGCGUUUUCCGGCGAAGAGUGACCAACGUCGGUCCUGCUCUGUCCAUCUAUAACGCCACCAUUAAAGCUCCCACAGGAGUUGAAAUCACUGUUAGGCCCACGACUCUCUACUUCUCUCGCGUCUUGCAGAAGCGGAGCUUCACGGUUGUGGUGAAGGCAAAGCCAAUGCCGAGUGGGCAAAUGGUCCCGGGUUCACUUGUUUGGAAAAGCUCCCGUCACGUUGUAAGGAGCCCUAUUGUCAUUUAUAGUCCGAUUGAUGACUAAAUGAAAAGAUGAAAGAUGCACGUAUAAAGUAGAAAUUAUAAGUGUUUUAUUUGCUGAAUUAGAUUUUGAAAAUUUAAUUUUAUUAAUGCAACCGUACGAUUCAGAUAAAGAGAUGGCAGGUAUGUAUGAUAUAUAGUACUUACUUUUCGAA